GGUAAUUUAUUCAUAAUAAUAAUAUGAAAUGAAACAAAAGCAGUAGUAUUGUUUAAUCGUCGCUCCUCCAUCUCACCAUGUCACCAACAACAGCUAUCCUAAAUCCUCGAAUCCCAAACUUGUUCACUCCAUCUACUCUUUCCUAUCCCCCCUCCUGCUCUUCACUAUACAAACUCCAAUUCUCCACCAACACUUUCCGCUGCCAAAUUCUUGGCUCCCAUUCUCUCAACUUUUCCCUUCAAAAUCAUUCACAGCAACCCCUCGAAGAAGAGGAACACGUUGUUGGCGACUGCAUAGUAUUUGAACAAGGUAUUUUCGAUGACCCUUUUGUCCAAAACAACAAACAACAAAACAACAACAGCAACAACAACAAAUCAACAGAAAUACGGGCGGAAAAUUUAAUUCCUGAAGAAUGGGUUCAAGUUCAGAGAGAAAUCAACAUUACUAAGAAGGAAAGGCGCAAGCUUUCACAACAAUUGGAGUUUGGCCAACGUGCGGAAAGGAGGAGGUUAGAUUUGAUGCCAAUUGGUAAUAACAACACUAGUAAUGGGAGGAGAGGCAGUAACAUUGAAGAAUAUCUGAAAGCCAGGGAAGAAAAGUUGAAGCAGUUGAAACCACUUGUGCUCGAAAACCCGGAUUUUGAAAAGUGUAAAAGGGGUAAGACUGAUGCUAAAUUGAGUGAAAGUGUAGAGGACAGGUCUGUUUUGAGGGUUUCGAGUGAAAGGGUAUUGCCAAAAGAUCCUAGAAGAGCCGUUUAUGGUGGUGGAUUGGAAGAUAUUAAGGAGUUUUUCAGUAGUGGGAUUUAUGAGGCCAGUGCUGGUAAAAGUUCACAAGGUGCUCGCAAGCUGUUUUCUAAAGAGGAAAAAGUCCUGUUGAACAAGCGGAUUCCUGAUUUGUUGCCUGCUACCUCUGCAAAAUGGCAGCCUCUGCACACUCUAGCUGCCUCAGGAGAGUUUUACCUUCUCAUCUCUUUGUUGAAGAACAUUGUCAAUAUUAAUGUUCCAGAUAAGGAUGGAUUGACAGCUAUCCACAAAGCAAUUCUUGCCAAGAAGCAGGCUAUAUUUAACUUUCUUUUAAGAGAAUCUGCCAAUCCACAUAUACGUGACAAAGAUGGAGCCACCUUGAUGCACUAUGCUGUUCGAACGGCAUCAACUCAUAUGAUAAAAAUCCUUCUCUUGUAUAAUGUUGAUAUAAACCUCCAAGAUCAUGAUGGAUGGACACCUUUGCAUCUAGCUGUUCAAUCCCGUAGAACUGAUACAGUGAGGCUUUUGUUAAUUAAGGGAGCUGACAAGACUCUAAAGAACAGGGAUGGUCUAACCCCACUCGACAUUUGCCUCCAUACUGGUAGAGAUAUAAGGACCUAUGAGCUUAUCAAAUUGUUGAAACAACUUCCCAAGGUUCGUUAGUUGGUCUGACCUAUAACUGCAGCUGCGAAGUACGAAAUUGGCAGAUGUCUUGCAGGUUGGAGGUGCCAGCUUUGAGUUUGGCUGUGUCGCAUCUGAGUGUUAUUUUGUACAACACUUUGCCCUUGAGUUGACCUGGGAAGCGGAUUCAGAUUUAUGCUUAUAUCAGUAGGGGAGGAAACUUCUCUUUUUAAUUCUCACAUUGUACUACACUGCAUGAUAUGCACCAUAGUUAGUAUAACAUCACAGGAAGGAAGUUUGACUAUUUUGUAGGGCUGCGAACUGUAUAUUGUUUACUUAGAUAUUGGAUUAAUAGUACAUUUUUGGAUUCAAA